CGGGUGUGCGGAGUGGAGGAUGCAGUUUAGCAACCGUGGGUGCGCGCGGAUUGCGCGCGUAGGCGUCGGGUUUUGAAAUGCAGCGGGAUUUAGUGAGUUUCCCGCUGUCCCCAGCGGUGCGGGUGAAGCUGGUGUCCGCAGGUUUCCAAACUGCUGAGGAACUCCUAGAGGUGAAACCAUGUGAACUCAGCAAAGAAGUUGGGAUAUCUAAAGAGGAAGCCUUAGAAACUCUGCAAAUUAUAAGAAGAGAAUGUCUCACAAAUAAACCAAGAUAUGCUGCUACAGCUGAGUCAGGCAAGAAGUGUACAGCACUGGAACUUCUUGAGCAGGAGCAUACCCAGAGCUUCAUAAUUACCUUCUGUUCAGCACUAGAUAAUAUUCUUGGGGGUGGAAUACCCUUAACCAAAACAACAGAAAUUUGUGGUGUACCGGGUGUUGGAAAAACACAGUUAUGUAUGCAGUUGGCAGUAGAUGUGCAGAUACCAGAAUGUUUUGGAGGAGUGGAGGGUGAAGCAGUUUUUAUUGAUACUGAAGGAAGUUUUAUGGUUGAUAGAGUUGUAGACCUUGCUACUGCCUGCAUUCAACACCUUCACCUUAUUGCAGGAAGACAUAUGGGAGAGGAGCACUCAAAAGCUUUGGAGGAUUUCACUCUUGAAAAUAUUCUUUCCCACAUUUACUAUUUUCGUUGUCGUGACUACACAGAACUAUUGGCACAAGUUUAUCUCCUGCCAGACUUUCUUUCGGAACAUUCAAAGGUUCGAUUAGUGAUAGUGGAUGGUAUUGCUUUUCCUUUUCGUCAUGACCUAGAUGAUCUAUCCCUUCGGACUCGAUUACUAAAUGGCCUAGCCCAGCAAAUGAUCAGCCUUGCAAAUAACCACAGAUUAGCUGUACUUUUAACAAAUCAGAUGACAACAAAGAUUGAUAGAAAUCAGGCCUUGCUGGUUCCUGCAUUGGGGGAAAGUUGGGGACAUGCUGCUACAAUACGGCUAAUUUUUCACUGGGACCAAAAGCAAAGGUUGGCAACAUUGUACAAAUCACCAAGCCAGAAGGAAUCUACAGUACUGUUUCAAAUCACACCUCAAGGAUUUAGAGAUGCUGUUGUUGCUACUGCAUGUUCUAUGCAAACAGAAGGUUCAUUGAAUUCCCGGAAACGGUCGCGAGAAUCAGAGGAAGAAUAGGAAUCCAAAGACUAGUCUUAAAUCACACAGAGAGAGAGAGGCAGAGACACAGGCAGAGGGAGAAGCAGGCUCCAUGGACCGGGAGUCCGACGUGGGAUUUGAUCCCAGGUCUCCAGGAUCGUGCUCUGGGCCAAAGGCAGGUGCCAAACCACUGCGCCACCCAGGGAUCCCAGUUUUGAUAAUUCUUAAAAAUGCCCUGUUUUUGAGCUGUCUCUUCCUUCGUAUCAUGGCUCCCUGCAGACCUCUGGUGAAGGCCAAGACCCUUAAAAAGAGGACCAAGAAGUUCAUCCAGCAUUGGUCAGGCCAAUAUAUCAAAAUUAAGCACAACUGGCAGAAACCCAGAGGCGUUGACAGUAGAGUGUACAGAAGAUUCAAGGGCCAGAUCUUGAU